UAUCUAUCUGUUUUUUUUUUUUUUUUUUUGUUUUUUGUUUUUUGUUUUUUUGUGGUCUUUGUGACUUUAUCCCCCCAUUGAAAUCCGCGUUCGCAAAAAAAAAAAUCGUCCGUCGAGGCAAUUCAUUCCAUCUUACUACACUUGGCGUCGCGCCCAUAGAUGGGAUUCUUCGAGCUCCACGAGACAGGCUUCAUUGGAAAUUCACUACCUUCUUCGAGACCCUGUGGCCAAGAACCAAACAACAGAAUUAUAUUGACGCGCCUCGAGCCUGUACAGUACAGAGUCGCGACCCUUCGCGCUCGAAGCGUCGCCAAACCUGGUCUGACCGGCCAGUAAUCGGUGCACAUAGGCGACCACUCACCCACGCCGCCUUACGAUGAGCGGCUACAAUCACUACGCCAACUUCGGCGGCGGACAUUCGCAACAUGUUGACGUUUUUGGUUCAUACCAGGACCUCAUUGAUCCCAAUGGCCUACCAGCAAUUAGCCAUGCCCCGAUGCCAUCAUCCACGCCCGAUCCUCCCCGAUCCAUACAACCCAAUGGCAACUACAACUUCUCUUACCCAGGAAUUUCGAACAUCCCGCAGACGAACCCUGGACAGUCGCCAUUCAAGGCUUCAGGACCGACAGCUCCCCUGGCGCCACUGAAAAACGCACCCAAUGGAGUCAUGAUGAAUUCGCCGCAUAUCAUGCCUCCAAACAUGCAGCCCCACGGAAGCGACUUUGUGCCCCAGAAACAGGCAAACUUAGCUCAUCAAUACAGCCCGGCCCAACUUGGAAUGGCUACAGUAAAAGAUGCAGGUAUAGCUGGGGUUCCCUUCCUGCAUAACCCAACGCAGAACAUGAUGAUCGAGCAAUACUAUCCAACAAGUGCGAAUGGAAAAAGACUGCUUGAGGCGCCUUCAAUCAAAGACAGUCGCCCGCAAAAACGCGCCAAACUCGAAAACCAACCACUUCCGCCCCCAGAAUCAUUCCCCCCAAUCGUCGACGAUGGAAUCAAGCCUAGUCACAGCUAUGCUAUGCUGAUUGGAAUGGCUAUCCUGCGCUCUCAGCACCGCCGAUUAACCUUGGCUCAGAUCUACAAAUGGAUAACAACAAACUAUCGCCACUACCGCGAGGCCGCUGACAAUGGUUGGCAGAACAGCAUCCGUCACAAUCUCAGCUUGAACAAAAACUUCAUCAAGCACGAACGACCCAAGGAUGAUCCUGGAAAGGGAAGCUACUGGGCCAUCAUGCCGGGCAUGGAACAUGUGUACAUGAAGGAGAAGCCAGGCCGCAAGUCCAUAUCGACGCCGGAAGGCAUGACAAUCAUUGGGACAGUCAUGGAAAACCCGAUACUACCUCAAUUUCCCAAGUCAGAACCGAAGCUGCCUUCGCAGACAUGUUCAGAGCCUGCUUCAGAAGAGACCCAAACAGCAACCCAAUCGCAAUCGCACUCCGCUCAGCAGCCAGAUCUCUCUUCAGACGCAACUAUUCCCCCGACCGAGGAGCUCCAGGAGAAGACUACUGAAGUGGAUGCUACCGUGGAUUUGGGUUCCUUCUCUCCCAACGCAGCCGAGAUGAACUCGUCACCACCCCUACCCAAGCACUCUGAACCCCAAGGCGAUACACCACCUUCCAUGAUGCGGCGCAACUCAGCGACGCUGAAGUCACAUCGGAGGCAGCGGCCUUCGAUGGAUGAUAGCGGAUACAUCUCUUCUCUGGACUCCUCCAUCCUGCGACCGCAACAGCAAACGCUCCUUGCGUCUGAGACUGAUCGGCUCGACAGAUCACGGACCAAGCGGAAAGGCGGACGUGCAGAGGAUGAGAUUAGGCGUCUACGUGGCUCAUCCUUCGAUCCUAGCCCUACCAAGGGCCGCUCUCGCAACAACACGGCAUUUGGACCUCAAUCUUCGUCGCCAGUGCGUAGACUAGCUGGUGAAGGUCAGAUGCUUCCACCCCUGACCCCCGCAUACAAACUGGCUCCGCCACCACAGAUGGCGCCACCGUCGGUCUCUCCCAACACCACGCUUCAGCAACAUCGUAGGGAUGUGGCCAGGAUGAUUGAGUCGCCUUUAAAACGCGUAAUGGGCCUUGCUGGUGACUGUGGAUGGGCGACGCCGUCCAACGAUAAUAUUGAUGAGUCGGUGUAUACUGACAGCUACGAUUUCAACACUGGAUACGGCGGUGACUUCUACAUCCUUCAAGACGCAACACCAGGUGGUCUCUACUCGAUUGCUGAGGAUGGAUCUCCAGUCAAACGCAAGCGGUCUAUCAUGGACUCAUCACCGCUCAAGCGACCAGCAAAGAGGCAAGGAAUACCACGACCAAAGCCCGCUGCAGUCCUCGGAGAUGUGACGCACUCGAACCAACAAUUAUCGCUCGCCCCGGCCCCCCUUCUUAAAAGCAAACUAUCACCUGCGAAAUAUUUUGCUCUCAAGUCACCAGGCAGGAAGAUGUCAGACCUUCCAUCAUCUCCAAGCAGGAUUCUUGCCGCAUCUCCUCUUAAGAUGGGUCCUGCAUUGAGCACGUUGGAAAAUGUUAACGACGAGAAUGCGGUCCCGAGCGUUGUGUUUGAGGACUUUUGCUCUACGGAGUUGCUAGAAGAGCCGAGCGAGUCGCAUGACCUUGACAUCAUGAAGGGCUUCGAAAGGAUUGGCCACAACAUGGGUGCGGAUCCGGGAAUUAUGCCAUUUUCCGUGGCGAACUUCAAACCUGGCCUCGGGCGAAGCCAUACUAGCACUUUCUAGGGGAGAAUCCGUGAAUCUACAUGUGAUUCACGGACGCCAUACAGGACGAACGAACUUCCAGGCAGUCAAGACUCACGAGAAGACGAUCUCCUGUACCAUGGAAAGCUUCUGCGACUCUCCGAUAUAAUUUUUUUUCUCUUUUUUCUUUUCAUCUAUGGAGUUGGAUGGAUGGCUGUCAGUUGCGGUCGUGAUAGGGUUGGUUUGUUUCCCUUGUGAUUCGCAAAAACGAAUGGGCGCACGGGCGUUUGUGGCUUCACCAAGCCUCACUCAUAUUUGAUUGUUUUUUCUUCUUCUUUAUUGCCCCUAAUCCUGGAGCUGUCUCUUUCUUUUUGUAAUGGGACGAAUUAACGAUGUAUGUGUUCUUGGGCCGGACAGGAGCGACUAGGAUAUGGCUACGAAUGAGGUUCUUUGGGGGUAUGUUUGGAUCACACUUUGGUAUGGAUUUCUGGUCUAAAGCACCAGCCGGACGGGCACGACAGAUGCCAUGUCGCGGCUAGGGCUGGUGUUUGAUUCCAUUUUUAGCGGGAACAUCAUCUGAUAGCGGCGUUAGUGGGAUAAUAAUCCUUUGGUAAUUGGGAAUUGCAACCCUCAAAUGUGUCCCA